CUUCGUCUAUCUCGGCAUGGAGCAUGGUGUGUGAUAAAUCGAUUUAACCGACAAAAUAGUUAACACGUUUUUUUAACACAUUUACGUUAUAUUGCUUUAUUUUACGUGAAGUGAUCUUAUUUAUAAAUUUAAUUACUUAUUCUCUCGAGUCAAGAUGUUUGUCAAGAGUGUUAUUGUAGCGGUAUUUCUGUUAGGGGCGGCCUGGGCUCAGUUGGACGCUGACCAAGAACAAGCAGUGAACACAGCCUUAGAGAACCUGCCUCCGGAGCUCCAGGGCAAGGUGGACAAGACCCAACUCGAUGAGAUCAAGAACAAAUCUGCAGCAGCGUUUAAGGACAAGUGUACCAAGAAUGGAGGACCCGAUGCUUUUGGAAAUGCUGAGAAAGCGUUCAUAAACUUGAAAUCGUGCAUGGAGGGCCUGGUGGUGACGAGCGAGCUGGAAAAAGAAAUAGAGGCUGCUAAACCUAACGGCAAAAUGGACGAGGUCUUUAAGAAAUAUUGUGCCAAAAAGCCCCAGUUCAAGGACUGCUUCAAAGUGGCAGUGGAGGCCGCCAGACCGUGCUUCUCGAGCGACGAACAGAAGAACUUGAAGAUAGUGUACAACGUCACCGAACAGCUGGCCGAGUUCGUCUGCUUCAAGGAUGGCGACAGGAUCGCGCUGUUCAUCGCGGAGGGCGGCAUCGACUGCAUGCAGGCGCAGCAGGAGGCCAUCCAGAACUGCACCAACGAGUCCUUCGGUUCCAACGUGCAGCUCAACGCCAACAUCUCCGCCGAAUCCAUCCCCGAAAUCAGAUUUACUAAUAAGGAGUGCGGGCAGUUAACAGAGCUGCAGCACUGCGUGGUGCGCAAGCUGGAGACGUGCGAGCAGCCCACCACGGCCAACAUCGUGGAGUCGCUGUUCAAGUUCAUCCGCAAGGCCACGCCCUGCAAGGAAUUCACCGAACAGCAAGCUAGCCCUAGGAGUGGUACUGUUGAUGCUGCUACUGACAAAAACAAGCCUGGCUCGGCUAACGUGCUCGCUGUGACGUCACUCACUCUUGCAAUGGCGGCAGCUACUCUUCUGGUCUAACUAUCACCUUUAUUACUGGAAUACAUUACUUUAGUGUAGUAGGCUUGUCCAAAAGGUGGAAACAAGUAGGUAUAUUAUUCAAGAUGCGCCUAAACGGACCGCAUUGUCACGACUUAAAGCUAUAACAGACGGGCGUACCGGACCGCGAACUACGUCCGGUCCGAGCCCUGGUCCAUUAAGGACGCAGCUAUAAGUGAUAGUGAGAAAGAGACAUUUUGAUCGGACCAAUGUCGCGGUUUGGUACGCCCGUCUGUUACAGCUUUUAUAUGUGACCAGCAACAUAAUUAGUCCAAUAUUGCUGUGAAAUGUUGGUCGCUUACGCUCUGUGAAAGAGCUUCCAUUGCUUAUAGAACAACGACAUACAUAUCGUUACACAAUUUAAGUGUGCCAAUUGCAGACCCCUGCAUUUUAAAAAUCACUUAAAAAGUGCGAUUUAGCUGGUGAUUAAAAAUAGUUUAGUAAGUGUAGAUGGAUUAUACCAAUAUUCGCGCUGGCAGCCAACUGAAUUUCUACGUUUAAAACUAGAUACAUAGUACGUGAAACGUAUAGAGCGCUUUUUGCCUCAAUUGUUGCAAUAGUUUUGGAAGUAAUGUACCUAUAGUUAUAUUUUUUAGGGGUUAAACCGAGCUUAAAGCGUAGUAUGUACGUGGUAGUCAGUCUAAGGCUUAAGUAACAGCUCCUGUUUUAAAAUAGAAGUUGUACAACGGACCUGAGGUUCCUGAGACUAAUUUGUACAAAUGAUACAUGAAUACAUCGAAUGAUUUUUUUUAAAUGCCAAAAAAUGAAGUUAAGGCUAUUUCGGUUGUGAGUGUUGUGACAAAAAUGUGUACAUUCCAUUUGUUAUCUUAUUUAGUUUUGGUUUGUGGCAACUAUUGACAUUUCUCUUUAAAUCAUUGAUGUCCAGUAUAAACGUCCGAUCAAUAUUAAUACAUAUUUGUCUGUAAUGUGAGGAACAUUAUACAAUAUAUACUUAACUGUCCUUACUGUAAUGAAUGACGGCAUGUAACGUGGCUCGUUUUUUUUUCUAUUUUUUUUCAUCAUUUAUAGUGUUUGAAAUAGUCGUUAAGAGAUGUAUUUCUUAUAUUUUUUUAUUGAUUUACAUUGCCAUUUUUUAUAUUUAUUGUUGCGUCAAAUUGUUAAAAUAUUAUUUUUUAUAUUAUAUUUUAAGUAUAUUGCUCAAUUAGUUGGUUUAAGAAGUUCAUUAUUACCUUAUCUUUGGGUUGGUGCUUUAUUAACUGUCAUUUUAGUCGUAAAUCAGAAUAGUAGAAAAAUUGGUUGAAUCAUUUCGUGCAAUUUACUUGCAUAUACAUAUUAGUGACAUGUUACGCAUGUUACAGUUUCGCCUAUAUGUACCUACUUAUACCUAUUGUCAAUUAUAUCAUUAGACAGCUCACUAACGUAUCAUCGAAAUAACUUUAUCAGUGAAUAGUAUACAUGUAAAACUGAUAUGUGCUCGAUUUUGGAUUUAAGAAAGUACAUAACGUAAUGUAAUUCUCUUAAUAAAAUUCGCGCACAUGUAUCAGAUUUGGUGCGCAACGGAAUGGGUUGCCCAUAUUAUGUCGGUGAUAUACUGAGGUACUGGACUGGAGGAAUCAUGCUGUCACUAAAUGUUAUCAGUUAGGCUACGAAAGUCCACGAGACUUUAAGGUUUGUGAUACAUUUUUAAAGUAUUUAGUGUUGAAAGCCGAAAAUUUAUAAAAUAACACACUUAAGACUGAAAAUGAAAAACAAGGUGUCCGAUUUAUACUUUAAUUGCCUAAACAUGACAUUUUUAUCUUGUCCCAAAUAACCCAAUGUUACUCUUAGAGAAUUAUUUAUUUCACAUGAUACUUAUAAUGUUUAAAUAACGACCUACUUUAUUUUAUACGCUAUGUUUGUUCGGUUGUUAAUUUAGUUUCUGGGUAUACGUGUGAUAAAGUAGUUUUUAUGUGAUACCUGUAUUGUAGGUGAAAGUGAAAAUUCAGAAUAAAUAAAUGGGAUGGUUACAAUCAA